GGAACAAAGGAGUGGGAUCCAGGGAACAUUGAGACGACUCGGACUCGGAUCAUCCCAAAAUGCUAAAAAUGAUGCGCAUCUUGUUGUUAUUAAUUCCUUUGACGACGGGCUUAACUUCUCAAAGGAUUUGUGGAUGCAUUAGAACGACAAUAGACUCCUUUAACUGUUCGUAUGCAAAAAAUGUGGACUUUGAGUGCUUGUCGAGGGAGAAGCCAGUGGAGCUUUCGCUUAUCGGAAAUAAUUACACAACACUGCCCGAGGAGCUGCCCAAGAAUAACUUGACAAGCAUCAAAUAUAUUAAUCUUUCGCAAAAUAAUAUAACCCAUCUACCAAAUGGAAUUGACGAAUUUUUGCCAGGCCUGAAGACAUUAAACUUGGAGCAUAACCAACUGACCGAUCUGAAAGAACUACUCAAGAUACCUAAGGGAGUCAAAGCUUUGAUUAAUCGCAAUCGAUUUGAAUGCGAUUGCGAACCCAAGUCCGAUGCCCAAAAGCUGCGAAUACAUAUAAAGGGUAUAUUUAGUAUAGCUAUGUGCUCCACUAUCGUUUCGGGGAUACAAAAGGAUGUGCCAUUCACAACCUUCUGUUUUGAAAACAUCGAAGAAGAUCCGAUAUGGUAUGAACAUGGGUUAUUUAGGGGUCUUGUUAUUUUCUUUAUUGUUGUUGUUGUUGCAGUUUUCGAAUUAAGACAGAAAAUUAUUACAUAUUGUAAAAAAACCAAAAUUGCCAUUGUAAAUAGGUGUAAACGCAAUUUCUUUCGAGAGAGAUAGAGACUUGAAAAUUGGAACUAUAAAGAUCGGUAUUUCUUGGAUAAAGCCACCCAAAAAAGUAUUUCGCAGUCAGAUUUUACAUUAACGAACUUAGCAACAAAAUUAAAAUCUCGAUUUUGAUAAAUCGCCCCAAAAGACUUUUAUCGAUUUCCUACAGUCAGAAAAAAAAGAACCGUGCAUCCAUAUAUAUGUUAAGUCCCUUAUUAAUGAAUAUCAGUACUAUUAACUAUCAGCAUCGCGGUAGCCUUGAAUACAUUUGAGUUGAGUACACAACGCUGGUGGCACUUCGCAAUAUUUUCUUAUUCAGUCAUUCCCUGACGCGGGGAAACUGUAACAAUCACAUACAUUUCGAAUUCUUUUUUUCUGAGUGUAGGAAAUCGUUGUAAAUCUAUAAUUCCACAUAUGUCACACAAUUAAAUUUUUACAUUUUUCGAAUGUCAUUUCGCACAUAAUAAUAA